UACGUGCCUCCAUGAGCCUCUCAUCGAUUCAUCAGUUUAACUCCUACACAAAAGUCGAAUUCAAUCUUCCCUAGCAUUCUAGAAGUCUUCAACUAGUUCUACCGGGAAUGGAAUGAGGCCUAUUAUACGCUACCGCCCAACAUGGCGCCAGCACCACAUACCCACUCCUACCCCUUAUACACAUACCCAUAACCACCUUCUCAGAACCACCCACCAUGCGCGCUCAUCCUCCACCUCACCCUCACCUCCAGACCACCCUCUCCUCUACCCCGGAAACUCAGGAAGCGGCAGCACGCACAACGACCUCGCCUCCUACGCCGCCUACGCCGCGCGCACUGGCCUAGACCUGACAUCCAAGACCUACGUCGGCACGCGGUACGAGUACGCCGUCGCCGCCGCCCUCGCGCCCCUAGGCUUCGACCUGCGCCGCGUCGGCGGCCGCGACGACUGCGGCAUCGACUUGCUCGGGACCUGGCGCCUGCCCAUCCCCCCCUUCUCCUCCUCCAUCUCAAACCCGCAUCCACACCCACCCCUACGCGUCCUCGUACAGUGCAAAGCGUCCGCCGCGCAGAGCACCAAGAUCAAACCGCACCAGAUCCGCGAGCUCGAAGGCGCUUUCGCCGGCGCCCCGCCCGCCUGGCGCCACUCCUUCCUCGGCUCGCCUUACCCGACCUCCACCCCCGGCAGCCCCAUCCUCGGCUUCCUGGUCACGCAGAAGCCGGCGACGAAGGGCGUGCGCGAUGCGCUGGGGCGCAGCCGCUGGCCUAUGGGCUUCGUGUCGUGCACGACAGACGGACGGCUGGAGCAGAUGCUUUGGAACGGGCGGGCGGAGGAGGAGGGGCUUGAGGGGUUGGGGGUUGGGGUGCGGUUUUGUGAGGCUAAAGGUGAAGGUGAGGAGGAGGGGAAGGGGCAGACGUUGGUUUUGACUUGGAGGGGAAGGCCUUGUGAACCUGUCUAAGGGUUAAGAGAUAGGUUGGCACUGGUGAAGUGGGUUCGUAGGUGGGAAAGAAGGCGUUCAAACCACUGCUUCACGGAGGCUUCUAGAGCUAUUUGUUUUGCGCCUACGAUGAUGAAUACAGUAUUAGGUAGUUUAUUACUAUUGAACCGCACAAUAUCUAGUCGGCGUUAUUCUAAUCUCUGAAAUCAAAACACUACACUCGAUUUGAAAAGAUGA